AUGGAUGCUCCUUCAAUGAAAGCCGACGUGGCGCAAACGAAACCGAUCACUCCCUUGCCGUUUCUGCAAUGUGAUGGCUCCUACUCCCGGCAGGCCACCACCGCCCGCUCCCCAUACAUCUUACGGGAUUCAGACAUCAACUUUCUAGACGACGAUUCUCCACGCCUUCGACGUACACACAGUCAACAGUAUCUUCAGCUCAUGAAUAUAAGUCAUGUCUGGCGAGACGAAGUACACGUUUGGCACGAGACGUGGCAAUCGGGAAUUUGGGCGGGAAAUGGACUUUUCGUCGAAUGUCCUGACGGAGCAAACCAGUGGCCCUUCGAAAGAGGAAACCCUCCCUUUUCUUCAAGCUUGAGCCGUGCCACAAAGCUGAUGAUCGCGAGGGGCUUUGAUGCAACUUCAUUGACGGGCUACCCGUCGCAUGACACACGAAAAAUGUCUCGGGAGCGAAUGAUGGUGUACUCUGGAGAGAAUGUCACCUAUUGA